AUGUUGUGUUUCAACCAAGUGAUUCUGCUCUUUGCCGGCGCAUUGCUCGUCGCCGACGUGAUCCCCGUCGGGGCCUCCAAGACCGUCAUCCCCAAGGGCAGCUUCGACAGCCAGGCCGACUUCGACAGCCACUGGAACUACCUCUACCCCUGGGGCUCAGACCACAACGGCGGCGCGCGCAUGACCAAGGACAACGUCAAUGUUGACAAGGGCACCCUCACCCUCACGGCCACCAAGGUCAGCGGUCAGCCGCCUGCGACGCACGGCGGCCAGCAGAUCGCCAUCAACUACCUCAGCGGCGCGAUCCAUGCCAAGGAGCAUUUCAACGUCUCCCGCGGCGGCGGCUACGACUUCACGGCCGAGGUGAAGGCGACGACGACCAAGGGCACGUGGCCGGCCUUCUGGCUCACCGCGGUGCAGGGUUGGCCGCCCGAGAUCGACAUGGCCGAGUGGAAGGGCAGCGGCAAGAUCAGCUUCAACACGUUCAACACGAGCUCCAUCGUCGCGGCCGAGAACGUCGAGUACCCGGACCCCGACAAGUUCCAUAAGAUCAAGUGCGAGACGAGGGACCUCAACGGCGAGGACGUCCAGGCCAAGUUUUACUUGGACAACCGGCUCGUCACGACCCAGGUCGGCGCCGGGUACUUGGGGAAGCCAAUGUACUUGUGA